AUGGAAGUAGAGUUUAAACACUCUGACUUUAUCUCGACGCAUACAACUUCGAGCUCAAUAGAUGAUUCUGAAUUGGUCCUUCAAGGUUUAUCGACCGACUUUGCGAAUUUUGUUAAUGAGUUGCUAUCACAUCAAAAUGGGAAAAAUGGUUUGAUUCGAUGUUAUGGAAUAACUCAAGAUCCGGUCACUAAAGAAUACGCACUGGUCAUUCGCUGUAUUGAAAGAGAUUUGAAGAGUUAUUUAUACAGUUCGUUACCUUAUCCCGAAUAUGAUUGGAAAACAAAGUUAGAGAUUCUUGCCGAUAUCGCUUUUGUUAUCAACCGUAUACAUGAUGCAGGUUUCAUUCACAAGAACCUUCACACGGGAAAUCUAAAACGAUUAAUGAAUAGCACAAUAUUAACCGAAAUAAGCCUGAACAAUCACGGUGAUGAUUCACCAACACUAUCACAUUCCAAUGGGGUUUACGGGGUACUUCCUUAUGUUGCGCCAGAAGUAUUACGAGGGGGGAUAAUCAAUAAAGCGGCAGAUAUAUAUAGCCUUGGUAUGGUAAUGUGGGAAGUGGCGGUUCAAAGACCUCCAUUUGACUUGAAUGCUCAUGAUAAACUAUUAGCUCAAAGGAUUUGUUGCGGGUUAAGACCUCAUAUUAAUAAUUCGAUGCCAAAAUCUUUGGCCAAAUUAAUUAAAAGAUGUUGGGAUGCAAACCCAUUAAAUCGUCCUGAGGCUGAAGAAGUUUAUAUCUGGGUACAAUGGUGUACUUAUCAUCAAAUGGUUUCAUUUUGCGCAAGACUUCAAAAUACUUCGGAACCUGAAAGUCAUUGGAGUGUUAAUAACAGCUCGGAUAUAUUUAAAUUCGGGUCGCAAUUAUCGCGUCCGCCUUCAAUUUAUGCAGAAAAUAACAAGGACAGCCUGGUCCUUACCCCACCUCCUCAUAAGGUUAAAAAUGAACUCUUGUUGGAAUAUAGUAUUCCCGGGGCUUAUAUCGCUGACAAUAUAGAGGUUAUUGACAACUGGGACGAUGUUGAAGCAUACAUUUAUCACGUUGUAAUGAUCCUUAUACCAAACGCAUUCACAAUUAUCUUCCCCGACAUUACAAAACAUUAUAAAAAUAUUUACGUGAUGGCUUCAAUACUUUCUGAUGGUUCAUUAACCGAUGUGUCUUCCUUGAGUUCACCUUCUUCGGAUUCAUAUGAUAGUUCGGGGAAUUCUUCACCAAACGUAAAGUUACGAUAUCAAAAGGGAGAAGAAGCAUUAUGUUAUCAUGGUCCCACAGUAUAUGUAGCGCAAAUCUUGGACACGAGGAUAUUAUACACGAGCAAAGUGGGAGAAGUAGGACCACAAUAUCACGUACAUUACAAAGGAUGGAAUAAGAAAUGGGAUGAGUGGGUACCCGAAUCAAGAUUACUUAAGAAAACUCAAGAAAAUAUAGACAUGUAUAUGAUGCCAAGGAAACAUUUUAUAAUGGAACCAUCAGAACACGAUUUGAUUGAUAAUAUUGAUAAUAAUAAAAGAAGAUCAAAAGAAGAUGAAAGUGAUUCUGAAGGAUGUGGAGAUAAGAAGAAUCCAAAAUUACGUUCGAAAAGGAUUAGAUUAUCCGUUGAUAUAUCUAUCGAGGAAAAAGUUAGGAUGGUCGAUGAAUGGCAAUGGGUGACUAAAAAUCAAUUAAUUAUACAUCCCAUGCCAAGAGAAAAGACAGUUGAUGAUAUCUUAAAGGAAUUUCUUGAUUGGUAUUUGGAAAGGUUAAGAGAACGUAAUAAGAUUACCAAACAGCAAGAGUUGGACGUGGAGGAUGAUGUAGAAGAUUUUAAAGAAUUCUUUAAUGAGGCCCUUCCGGUCAAUCUACUUUAUCGUUUCGAACGACAACAAUUUGUUGAAUUAGUAGAAAAAUAUCCCGAACUUUCUUAUUCUUCAAUUUAUGGUGCAGAACAUUUAAUGCGCCUUAUUGUAAAGAUUCCAGAUCUUGUAUUUUCCGUACAAAUGAAGGAAGAAAAGGCUGAGGAGAUACAGGUUUUAAUCAAAGAGAUGAUAGAAUUCAUUCAACUCAAAUGUAAAACUUAUUACGCAGCUCAAUAUGAGCCUGCUGAUCCUGCUUACAUCAGAAUCAUCUGGGAAUACUAG